AUGGAUGCUGCUGGCCCUGCAGCCAACGCCACGCCCGUCGCCACCGCCCCUACCCUUACACCCGAGCAGUCCAAGGAAGCACUCUUCGCUCGUCUCAGCGAGCUGGUCAAGGCUGCACCGGUCAUGCUGUUCAUGAAGGGAACCCCUAGCUCGCCACAGUGCGGCUUCAGCAGGCAGUUGGUGGGUAUCCUCCGAGAGCGGAGCGUCAAGUACGGAUUCUUCAAUAUUCUAGCGGACGAGGACGUGCGACAGGGUUUGAAGGAGUUCGCCGAGUGGCCCACUUUCCCACAGUUGUGGGUUGGUGGAGAGCUAGUUGGUGGUUUGGAUAUUGUCCGUGAAGAAAUCAACAAUGACGAGAACUUCUUCGCGAACUACUCUGUUAGCAAAUAGGUGAUUGGCUCUGGUACGAUACCCAUGAAAUGCGUGGAGAGCUACACUUGAAUGGGCCACCAUGAUGAUAUACGUUUUUCUUUGGUAUGAAAAGAUAUUUCAAAAUGCGACGUCGAUAUAAU